CCAAACAAAAAUCAAAGAAUGUUCAACACUUUAAAAUUCAAAACCUCUACACAGAUCCACAUAUAACCCCACAAGUCCACAACACAGAAAGGCCAAACCUUUAUCUCUCAACUUCAUUUCCCAUAUAACAAAAACUAGAGAAUUAGCAAAGCAAAUGGGUGCUUACAGGGCAGAUGAUGACUAUGAUUAUCUAUUCAAGUUAGUGUUGAUAGGUGAUUCUGGUGUUGGAAAAUCCAAUCUUUUAUCAAGAUUUACAAGGAAUGAAUUCAGUUUGGAAUCCAAAUCCACUAUUGGAGUUGAAUUUGCCACUCGUAGUAUCCAUGUUGAUGAUAAAGUUGUCAAAGCUCAGAUUUGGGACACUGCUGGCCAAGAAAGAUACCGUGCAAUUACUAGUGCAUAUUAUCGAGGAGCUGUUGGCGCCUUGCUUGUCUAUGAUGUCACUCGACAUGUCACUUUUGAGAAUGUGGAGAGAUGGCUAAAGGAACUUCGUGAUCACACUGAUUCAAACAUUGUGAUUAUGCUUGUGGGAAACAAAGCAGAUUUGCGUCACUUGCGUGCAGUUACUACUGAGGAUGCCACUGCCUUUGCUGAGAGAGAAAAUACUUUUUUCAUGGAGACCUCUGCCCUAGAGUCCUUGAAUGUUGAAAAUGCUUUCACUGAAGUGCUCACUCAGAUUCAUCGUGUAGUCAGCCGGAAGGCUCUUGAUGUUGGGGAUGAUCCUGCAGCCUUGCCCAAGGGACAGACUAUUACUGUCGGCAAAGAUGAUGUAUCAGCUGUGAAAAAGGUUGGAUGCUGCUCCGCAUAGAUAGAAUAGAUGAAAGAAGUAUGGUGGUAAUAGUUUCUCCUAUUUCAUAAUUUGCCUUUUUGUUAUUUGAAGACGCUUUUCGGACACAUGAAUGUUAAGAUGGAUAGUUGUAGUCCAAUUGCUUGCCUAGAAACUACCAAACUUCUUGAAGUUGAGAGAAAGCUUAACUGCUUAAGGUUAUGGAUCCAAGAGGCAUAUGCAUUUGAUUGCCAUUCCUUUUUCCUUCUUUCUUUUGAUUGUUCUUUUGUAAGUUUGUUCCUUGGAGUGUUGUAAUUUUUAGACAGUUUCAACCCUCUAGUUUAGAUUCAAUUUUAUUGCUUGAAUUUGGGAAAUAUUAAGGUAAUCGCUCAACUUGAUUGAUUGUUCAA